AUACACUUUACGUGCAUCUCACCUUCAGAAAAGGGUUUUCUCAUUUUCAGCAUUUUUAUAAUUUUAGAAUACUUUACAAUUUUAUCAUGGUAUCAGAGCCGAAAUCCUGGAAACAAAAAUUUUAGGUUUCCAUUUCCUUUCCUUUUGGCUAUGGAGGUUGAUGAUGUCAUCAUUAAGCCCAUAUAUGAAAUUAUGGGUUGUUUUUCUUCUACUGCUCAAGUAAAUAUGGCAUGCACACCACAACAUGCUUGUACUUGGAUAAUUGAUUCCGGAGCUACUGAGCAUAUCACAUGUAGUGAUAUUAAUCUUUUUAAUAUCACUAGUCACACGACGGACUCAUCAGUCAAAAUUCCUAACGGCGAAUCGAUUCCAGUUCAUGCUGUUGGAAGCUUAUAUUUACCCAAUGGGAUCCGUCUUGAACGUGUUUUAUACAUUCCAAAAUUUCAAUGCAACUUACUUUCAGUCAGUCGCUUAACAAGCGAUCUAAAUUGUACCUUGACAUUUUUUCCAGAUUUCUGUAUUUUUCAGGAUGUACCCUCGAGAAAGCUGAUUGGCGUGGGUAAAUCUCGUGAUGGGCUCUAUUACUUGGAGCCUUUGAGAAGUGAAAGGGUGGCAAUGUCAGUCUCUAUUACCUCCGAUUUAUGGCAUCAACGUUUGGGACAUGCAUCUGAUGGAAAAUUACAACACAUUAGUUCUCUGAAAGGUUUUCAACGAAGUGGUAAUUUUUGUGACCCCUGUGUGCGAGCUAAGCAGACUAGACUUUCUUUUCCUACAAGCAAAAUCAAGACAACUUGCAGUUUCGAGUUAAUACACUGUGACAUUUGGGGAGGCUACAGGUGUGACUCAAUUUCCGGAGCACGGUAUUUUCUAUCUAUUGUUGACGACUUUACUAGAGGUGUGUGGGUUUAUUUAAUGAAAAAUAAGUCUGAAGUUGCUCAAUUUUUAAUUCAAUUUUGCAACAUGGUUGAUACCCAAUUUGAGAAAAAGGUCAAACGAAUACGGGCUGAUAAUGGUGUAGAAUUCCAAACCAACCAUUUAUUUGGUUAUUAUGCCCGCACUGGAAUACUAUUAGAAACAUCUUGCACAGACACACCACAACAAAAUGGAGUUGUAGAGCGUAAGCAUAGACACAUAUUGGAAAUUGCGAGGGCACUGCGUUUCCAAUCUGGUUUGCCUAUUGAUUUUUGGGGAGAGUGCAUAUUGACAGCAGUUUACAUUAUAAAUAGGUUACCUUCACCAGUUAUUUUUAACAAAAGCCCUUUUGAAAUGUUAUUUGGAAAAACUCCUGGCUAUGAUCAUUUGCGGGUGUUUGGAUGUUUGGUAUAUGCCCAUGAUAAUAAACGAAAGGAUAAAUUCGGUGAAAGGGGGAGUCCUUGUAUAUUUAUUGGGUAUCCAUACGGUCAAAAGGCUUAUCGAGUUUUUGACUUAGAAAAACACUCCGCGUACAGCUCUCGGGAUGUGACAUUUUUUGAAGAAGUUUUUCCGUUUAAAAUGAUCAAAAACCAAGAACUUGAUUUUGGGAAUCUUGUUGAUCAAGUAUAUCAAGAAGUAUUAAAACAGGGAUCUACUGUCGUCCAGAAUAAACAGCACAAUGAUGAUUUUUUGUUACAAGAAAAUAGUCAUUUUUUUCAUCCCAGCUCAAACGAUGAAGGGCAUAUGUUUAUUCAAAAAGAGGGAGUGACCGUGAUUCCAAAAAGGUGUGUCGGUGAUGGCAGCACACUACUUUUGGAUGCAUGUGAUAAUAAUAUACCAACACUUCCUGGAAGGGUCAUUGAAAAACAAACAGGUGCAGCACCAAAUGACCCCACUGGACAGCCACCCACUUGGAUUGAUUGCAUGGAUAAUUCAAGCAAUUACCUAUCUCCUGGGUUACUGCAUGCGAAUGAAAUAGGCACCACACAAAAUUCUCUUGAACAAGGAGACCCCACUAGGCAGUUGACUAAUGCAGACAGAAAUGAUUUGGACGGCAUUCCCAUUUCCCGUUCAGAUCUACCUAACGUGUCUGCAGAUCUAAAUCCUCCAAAAUUAUAUGACCCCAUCUCAAAUUCACAGCCAUGCAUGGACGAAAAUAGGCUCCGCCAACCAUCUACAGUGACCGAAUACAUUGGACUGCCGGACGCACGAAAACGAGGAGAAAGAACUCGGAAAUAUCCCAAACAUCUGGAGGACUACGAGACUGACUUACCCCCUUCACUCGAUCACUCACGGUCAACCACCGCUAAUUCAGCCAACUCAACGGUAUACCCUAUUUCUCAUUUCAUUAAUUAUGAUAAGUUUACACUCACUCAUAAAGCAUAUUUAGCGGCCAUCACCUCACGUGAUGAGCCCAAAUAUUUUUCACAAGCCGUACAGGAUCCUUUAUGGAGGGAGGCUAUGCAAAAGGAGAUUAAUGCCUUAGAAGAGAAUAACACUUGGACUUUGGUCCAUUUACCGCCCGGGAAAAGAAUCGUGGAUUCCAAAUGGGUUUACAAAAUCAAAUAUAAACCCAAUGGCGAAGUAGAACGCUACAAGGCUAGAUUGGUAGCCCGGGGUUUCACUCAAGUUGAGGGAGUUGAUUUUCACGAGACUUUUGCACCAGUUGCCAAGCUUGUCACGGUGUGAUGCAUGCUAGCUGUUGCAGUUAAGUGUAAUUGGAUCGUACACCAACUGGAUGUGAAUAAUGCUUUUCUCCACGGUGAUCUCUCGGAGAACGUAUAUAUGCGCAUUCCACAGGGAUUCAUGAAGAAGGGUGAUACUCGUGUUUGCAAAUUACAAAAAUCCUUAUAUGGAUUACGUCAGGCUUCUCGCAAUUGGUAUCACAAAUUCACUCAAGCUCUUAAUGGGAUAGGUUUUCGCCAAUCACGAGCGGAUCACUCCUUAUUCAUUUUUCGACAAGGACACGUCACAACAUUUGCCCUCAUCUACGUUGAUGAUGUGAUCCUGGCCGGAAAUGAUGGUUCACACAUUUCUACCAUUAAGGAUUAUCUAAACAACAAGUUUAGCACCAAGGACUUGGGCAAAUUAAAAUACUUCCUUGGCAUUGAAGUCGCUCGUUCUCCAGAGGGUUUUGUCUUAAGCCAGCGAAAGUAUACUCUUGAUAUAUUGGAAGAAAGCGGCCUCCUGGCGGGCCGUCCCAGUUUGUUUCCUAUGGAACAAAACCUAAAACUUCGUCCGGACGAUGAUAGCCAACUGGUAGACGCAUCUUCCUAUCGCAGAUUAAUUGGGCGCCUAUUAUACCUCACCGUAACUCGUCCAGAUAUUGUUUAUCCUGUUAGUCAGCUCAGCCAAUUUCUUAGUCAUUCGCGACAGAGUCACCUCGACGCCGCCAUCCGUGUAUUACGUUAUCUGAAACAGACACCUGGUCAAGGAAUAUUUUUAUCAUCUGAUAACGAUUUUAACUUAAAAGGAUAUUGUGAUGCAGACUGGGCUGGCUGCUCCUUCACUCGUCGCUCUAGUACUGGAUAUUUCAUUUCGCUUGGAAAUUCGCCUAUCUCUUGGAGAACAAAGAAGCAAUCAGUUGUCUCACGCUCUUCUGCUGAAGCCGAAUAUCGUGCCAUGGCUGUAACAGUUAGUGAAAUAUUAUGGUUACGUUGGGAACUCCAGGAUCUUACAGUUGAUCAAAUAGGUUCCACACCUCUUUAUUGUGACAAUCAAGCAGCACGUCACAUUGCACUAAAUCCAGUUUUCCAUGAACGAACAAAGCACGUAGAAAUGGAUUGUUAUUUUGUGAGAGAGAGAGUUGCUAGUAAAGAGAUUCAGCCGAUUUGUAUCUCUACAACCAAUCAAGUGGCCGACAUUUUCACCAAAGCACUUGGCACCGAUCGUUUUCAGUUUCUCCGAAGCAAGUUGGGUGUUCGUAAUCUUCACACUCCACCUUGAGGGGGAGUAUUGAGAUAUUAUUAGCUAAAUUAUUAGCUCUUGUAUUUUACAUUGUUGAAUAUGUAAUGUUUCAUAUUGAUAAGACCAACCUACGUGGUUGCAUGUCAUACAUAUGGCCCAUGCACCACUUCCAUCCCAUUUCCUAUAUCAUUUGCUUGUACUAUAUAUAUGUGUGUAAUCCGUAUGUUCAAUAACACAAAAACAAAUACACUUUACGUGCAUCUCACCUUUAGAAAAGGGUUUUCUCAUUUUCAGCAUUUUUAUAAUUUUAGAAUACUUUACAAUUUUAUCAAGAUGGUUUGAGCUCUGUUGAAAGCUGCUCUCAAGUCUUCUGCGUGUGGCAACCGGCAGACUUGCACAGUUGCCUCCAUGAAUCCAAAUGAUGUCUCCAACUUACAUUUAAAUGUUGAAACGUAGUCUCGGUUGUGAACAUAGAUACUUUCAAGGACUUUGAAAGACGGUUCGAAACGAAAUGAACAUAGGGUAGUGAGGUUUACUUGUUCAUCGUACUCGAACUCCAUGAAGAAAGGUAAGAUUUGGAGAGCCUAGACACUGGUUAGGGUUUUCUAACAAAGGUACGGCUGCUGAGGCAUUUUGGGCCCAAUCUUUUGGAUAUCUCCUAUGGGAGAUUCUGAAUACCAUAAGUCUACGUGGCUGUCAAUACGGAGGACCUAAUUAAUUGCUCUCUCAUUAAAUUCUUUCAAAACACAAUUAAUUUAGCAAAAAAAAAAAAAUACUCCUUAAUAAUACUCCGUAUUACUUCCACCUUGGAAGCAAGUAUUUUAGAUGUAGGUUUAAACAAUCCUCCGUAAUAAUAAUAUUACCUCCGUGUUGGCACAUGAAAAAGUGAC